AUGAACUGGUUCAGCUUCCUCAUCCUGCUGACCGUGGCCAGGCUGGCUCACAGCAUACAGAACACUUGCGGAUGGACUUGCGGCCUCCGACCCAUGAUGUCUGACUCCAUACCUCAUGAUGACGCCAUGACACGCAUUGUGGGUGGCACAGGGGCCAAGCCAGGGGCCUGGCCGUGGAUGGUCAGCAUCCAGCACCCCUGGAUACCAGGCCCAGGGCAUUGGUGUGGAGGGUCCCUCAUCACUGCAGAGUGGGUCCUCACAGCAGCCCACUGCUUUGACAAGAUCAAGAAAAUCGGCAUCUUGAAUGUCGUGAUUGGGGCCACCCAAUUGACUCAGCCAGGCCCUGGAGCACAAGUGCGCAAGAUUAAGAAGCUAUUUCGUCACAAAAACUAUAAGAAAAGGGAUAUAAGUAAUGACAUUGCCUUGCUGGAACUGAAUGAGCCUGUACAGUGCAGCUCCUACAUCCAGGUGGCCUGUGUGGCUGACCCCACCCUAAGAGUCUCAGAGCUGCAAAACUGCUGGAUUGCUGGCUGGGGUUCAACCGCAGAAGAAGACUCAAGUGAUCACCUCCAGGAGGCCAAGGUCCAGCUCAUUGAUGUCCAGCUCUGCAACAGCAGUGGAUGGUAUGCAGGGAAAGUCCACACCCACAACGUGUGUGCUGGUUACCCGCAUGGCCGCAUCGACACCUGCCAGGGUGACAGUGGUGGUCCGCUCAUGUGCCAGGACAACCAUGCUGAUUACUGGUGGGUUGUUGGAGUGACCAGCUGGGGAAGAGGCUGUGCCAGAGCAAAGCGGCCUGGAAUCUACACCUCCACUCAGCACUUCUAUGACUGGAUUCUGGCCCACAUGGGGCUGAACCCAUUUGGAAGUGCUUCCUGA